AAAGAGCAAUGAUUGCGAUCGUACAAACUGCGAUGCAACAAGUAACCGCCCGCCCUAGCGGUGGGCGGGGGAGCGGACGGCGGAACGAGAUUCAGUACCGCCGCGACCAUGUCCACGGACGGACGUACGAAGCGUUCGCAGUCGAUAUGCGCGCCCGCCUCCGCGAGUAUGGAAGCUCUAGUGGCUCCGAUGGAAACGACCCCGGCGCCUCGCAGGAGGCCGGCCGCUAGGUCGCAGUCCGCGAGGAUCACCGGCGGACGCUCCGUCCGUCACAGGCGGCAGCAGCAGCAGCAACAGCUCGACAGAGAGACCAGAGCUAGGUACAGCUCGGAGCCACGGCUCGCCGAAGCCGAGACACCACCUCAAGUCCGUCGACAAGCGUCUGCUCGCCGUCGCCCUCCGCCCGGACAGCACAGCCAGCCGCGCCGCUCCAACGCGUUCCUCGACGUCCCCAGGAGCACCCACCAGCCGGAAGAGGAACCAGACGAGGACUCCUACCGGCUGCGCACCUUCAACAUCACACAGAAAGGAGGAAUAGUGAAUCGUGGCGACUCGUUUCGUCGACGGAGAUCCCGCUCGGGCAGUCUAGCGCCGUCGUCGCCCGCUCAAGCCGCGCCUGAGCCGCAGGAACGCCGUCCCGUCGCGUGUCACCGUGUUGCGAUGGUUGGCGCGCCUGGCGUCGGCAAAACUGCCCUCAUCAGCCAGUUCCAGACUAGCGAAUGUAUUAACGCUUACGACAGACAAAGAGAUAUCGACAGCACAGAACAGAAAGUAUCCAUCAUGCUGAACGGCGAAGAAUCAGAACUAUAUUUCGUUAACUGCACCACGACCAAGGAGGAAAUUGACCGGUCAGAGCCGCCAGACGCGUUCGUCGUAAUAUACUCUGUGGUGGAUAAGGCUUCCUUCCAAAAGGCUGAGCAGGAGCUCGCCAGGUUACUGGACUGCGACAUGCUGAGGUCGAGGCCCGCGCUGCUGGUCGCCAACAAAAUUGAUCUGGCGAGAAGCAGGGCGGUAUCAACACAAGAUGGAAAAUGCCUAGCAUGUACCUACAAGGCGAAAUUCAUCGAAGUGUCUGUGGGCAUUAACCACAAUGUGGACGAACUACUGGUGGGCAUCCUAAACCAGAUCAGGCUAAAACAGCAGCAAUACUCAGCGGAUGGUGGGCGCGAGUCCUCACCAGCGCACUGGUACAAAUCCCGCGGCGUUGUCCGAGCCAGUAUGAAGGCCCGUCAGAUGCUCACCUGGAUCUUCGGUAAGGAAGAUUCAAAGUUCAAAAACUGUGAGAAUUUACACGUUCUGUGAGUGGAAAACGACGGUCCAGUGUUCGUCUAGAGACCACAUGAGUGACAGCCGAUCACUGUGUAGUAUUAUAAUAAAUUAAGUGUUCGUCUUAAAGCAAUGAAUAUCAGGAGGUAUGCUUGACACGUGUACAAUAUAUUUUGUGUAAAAAAAAGAAUAAUUUUCUUAUACAAUUUAUUGAUCUAAUCUGUUCUUUAAAGUCUUUAAAGAUACAGCGAAUAUAAAGAGAGUUUAGUCACAAGAAAUUAAUGUUAUUACAUAAAAAAAAUAGUCUCAUUUAAACUUUCUCGUCUCUUUAUAUGACCUGAUAGUAUGUUAAAAGUAAGACCUAUAAGAAUGUCUAGGGAAAACAAACUUAGUAUCAUUCCAAGUAACUUUUUGCACGUUGCUCGAGGAUUGUGAUCUUGCCCUCACGUGCCAACGUCAAAAAUACAAGUUUUCCGAACAAUACAUGUUCAUCGCAUAUCUUCCAAUAUUCAUUGAGCUUUGAUUAUUCGCAAUUGAGUGUUUGUGUUGUUAUUAGUUAGUGUUUUUUAUACAUGAUAAUAUUAAUUAUAGGCAUGCAUUCAGUCGAGUAAUAGUUCUUUUAUUAUACUCGUAAUGUGUAGUUAUAAAAUUGUUAGUAUUACAUUACUUCUAAUGCUAUUAUUUGUUAAGGAAACUUGUUCAAUAAUAUCAGAUUACUCGUUAAUUAAUUAAGUGAUUAGAAAGUGAAAGAAUCCUGGUUGCAUUUACAGGCAUCAAUCAGAAAUGUUCAUCUUGUUUGUAGAAUCAGGAUAUUGAAUUAGAAAAAAUACCGUUGAUCUUAGAAAACUUAUUUGAAAAGCGAACUUUAUUAUCAAGUCCCCUACUGUUCCUUUAUAAUAUAAAUUUACUUUUUUAAUUUUUUUUUUUUUUUUUAUUAAACUAACUUCAUUUGUAUUGAUAACAAAUUGUGUUCCACCACGAUGCUAUGACAUGAUUAAAGUUAAUGAAAUAAAGUUGGAUCCAUUUCAAUAUAAAUGUCGGUUGAACGUAGCUGAAUUCAAUUUCUGAACAACCAUAGUUAACGAGGCCUUUAAAUCACCAUUGGCAUUAAAACGCUUUCUAGCUCUCCUGUUUGAUGUCUAAAGAUUCUCACGAGUUGAACACAUAGAAAUACAGAAUUAUACAAUUUACACAAGUAAUUAAAUAUGUACUUACAUAAAAAUGCAACAAUUAAGUGCAUAUACCUAUAUAUUUUGGAAUUUUUGGAAAAACAUCCGACAUUUUAAUACUCA